AUGGCGCCGCUACUAGCGACUCGCGAACGUUCAACCGCGACUGGGCAGGCGGCCUUGCGAGACAAUGCGGCCGGAGAUACGGGCUUCUGGAAUGGAGAUUUUUCUCCCCGCAGUGUUCCUGGCAGUGGUGAUAUCGCCAGCAACGAAAGCAGCGCCAAGGACGAUGCCCCUGGCAGCACCGCUUCUAGCAGCAGCGCUAACAACAGCGGUAACAGCAGCGGUCGUCGUGACGGUGGCACGAACGCGCCUUCCGCGAGCCAUAGAUGGAGGCGACUAGGCAAUGUGGUUUCCUUCUCCACGCGGCUGGCGAUGGCGUCGCGCAACGCGGCAGCGGCGAUGGACGAGCUGGGACAGGUGGACGACACGCUCACAGGCGUCGCCAACACCGUCGUCGCCGCCACCGCCGCCGCCGCCGCCGCCGCCGCAACUGGUGGUGGUGAUGCUGGCGCCGAUGUUGCUGCUGCUGCUGCUGCUGCUGCUGCUGAUGCGGAUAUUGAUGGUGGUGGUGUUGCCUCAGCGGAACAGGAGGGCUUUCCUAGCGAGGACGCCACGGGGAGGAUGCCGGGUGGCGUCGCAGGGGGGGCGGGGGAGACAGGGCUGCACACCGUGGCUGAAUGGGGGGAUGAGGGGGAAGAUGGGGGGAAGAGCGGGGGAACGGUUGCGGGAGAAAUUUGGGAGAAGCUUGGUGAGGAAGGAGAGGGGAGAAAUGGGUGGAUGGUGAGUGGUGAUGGUGAGGGUGAGGAGGAUGGUUCAAUGGUGGAUGGAGUAAGGGCCAGCGAGGAGGUGGCAUGGGGGCGAGAGUAUGGGGAGCGCGUGCAGGGAAGGGGGAGAGGAUGGGGAGUAGUGCGAGCGAAAGUGAGAGAGAACUUAGGACAAGCCAUUCGUGCCAAUGGUGAUGGUGGUGGUGGUAAGGGUGCUGCUGCUGCUUUCAAUGGCGAUGGAAAGGGAGAGAGGAUAGGAGCGAGAGAAGCAGGGGAAAGAGCUAAGGCGGAGGGGGGGGAGCAAAAGGGGGAAGAAGGGGAAGAGGGGGAAGAGGCGGAAGAGGAGGCAGGGGAGUUUGACGAUGGGUACCCGCCCCCGACUCCCCCUCCUACCACUGCUGCGCCUCCCCCGCGGUCCCCUCCCCCUCCCGCUCCGCCUGCCAUGUCAGCAGCAGCGCUGUUCAAGCCGCGGGGGCGCAUGAGCGUGGAGAGCAUUCGAAUCACGCAUGACGCGCGCCUGUACUGCGUGCUAACUGACGUCUACGUCACCUGCCUCAAGAUGCCGCCGCUGGCGUUCUUCGUGGCAGUGUUUGCCGCGCCCAUCGCCCUCAGCCUGCUCUUCACGCCGCUCUUCCUGCUCGGCGUGGGCGGCCUGCAGUUCGAAGAUGGCAUCCUGCCGCCCAUUCACCCCCUCACUCACUCCCACACUCACUCUCACUCUCACUCUCACCCGUACCCUCACUCGCUCGUUCAUUCUCACUUGGACGAACCAUUUGCGAGCCAGUUGGAGGCGAGUCCUGAUCGACAUCAGCAGCAGCAGCAGCAGCAGCAGCAGCAGCAGCAGCAGCAGCAGCAGCAGCAGCAGCCGGAACUGCAGGAGCAGCCGUAUCAGCUAGACCUCGAAACGCACAGCCUUCCCUACCACCACCAGCAGCCGCAGCAGCAUUACCACGACCAGCAGCAGCAGCAGCAGCAGCAGCAGCAGCCAAACUGCCACGAGCAUCACUGCCCAUCUACCACCUGCUAUCCCUCCUCCUCGUCCUCUUAUUCCUCCUCCCCCCGUCACACGCCCCUCCUCUACGCGCUGUCCCCUCGGCUGCACAGUGUGCUCGUGACACUGCUCUCCCUCACCACCUCCACCUGUGUGCUCUGCCUCGCCACCGUGCAGCGCACUCUCCUCAUCAUCCUCAACGUCUUCCUCUACUCUGUGUCGCUGUCCACCACGUUUGGAGGCUCGCCAGUGUCAGCGCACUCGCCCUACACGCUCGUGCUCGCCAACCUCAACACCCUCCUCGCACAGUUCCUCUUCGUCUUCCUCUCCGGCGCUGUGUUUGCGCGCAUGUCAGUGCCAUCGCAGCCAGUGCGCUGCUCCUGCACCGCUCUCAUCUCCGAUCAGGCAUUCGCCCUGCCCUCCUCUGCUGCUGCUGCCUCUGCCAAGGCGUCUGAUUCUGCUGCUGCUGCUGCUGCUCCCCCAGACCGAGUCCGCGUAUUCUCAGCGCGCUUUGUGCUGACGGGCCCGGCGCCAUGCGACCUGGUGGAUGCACAGGUGUCGCUCACCUUCCGCUGCUUCCACAUGCUGCCCUCUGGCUCUGUCUUCUGCUCUGUGCACGACCUGCCAGUCGUCAAGGGACAGGUGCCAUACCUGCAGUACGGCAUGAGUGUGCGGCACAUAGUGGACGAGAGCAGCCCCCUGUGGGGACACACGCCAGCCUCGCUGCAAGCAGGCGAUGCCAGCUUCGCCCUUGUCGUCUCGGGCACCGACAGGGCGUCCAUGCAGCCCGUCUUCCACAUCCAGGACUACUACGUGCAUGAUGGGGAGGUGCAGUGGGGCAGCGAGUACGACGACUUUGUCAGUGUCUCGCACACGGGCGAGAGGGUGCUCGACCACUCGCGAGUCGACGCCAUUAAGACCUUCAAGUAUCUCCUUUUUUUCCAAGCCCUCCAUCGCAUGCGCCCGGUGGUGUCGAUGCUGGAGCAGGCGCACCGGUCCUACCGCGCGCUGCACGCGCGCUACGAGAAGCAGCGCGCGGAGCACGAGCGCCUGCGCGGGUACGCGCGCGUGCAGGACGUGCGCGUGCUGGCGCUGGGGGAAGAGCUGGACGCGCUCGAGGCGCGCAUGAAGCGAGACGGCCCCCUGGCUGCUCUUGAGUGGCUGCGAUCGAGGGAGAGCAGGGAGGGCAGCAUGAGAACGAUUGUCGACAGCAAUAAACAGGAACCUCGUACGAUCACUACUAACGAGGAAUCGAAAACGGGCCAAAAAAGUGCGAGAGCUGCAGCCGCCGUUUUUGCUGGGCCUGAGGCACAGGCACAGACAUCACAACCAGCACUGGCACCAGCAGCAGAAAUGCCUUCAGGACUCGUGAGUAGCAAUACAACCGGAGCUGUGCCGGAGCCGCCUCACCGGGAGGGGAAGCCUCUCGGUGGAGAGGGCGUUGGGGCACCAGUGGGAGAGAACGCAGCGGAGUGGGAGCGGGUGUGGCUGGCGGCGGUGGAGGCGGUGAAGGCGGUGGCGGUGGUGAAGGCGGGGGAAGGGGGGACGGCGGAAGAUGUGGGGGAGGCGGGAAAGGCACGGGAGCCUACGGCCAGGAAGAGACUUGACUUGCGCCUGGACUUCCAUGCAACGUUUCCAACUAAAAAAACACAGUCACGGGAUUCGCUGAACGAGCCCACUGAAGCGAACAGUGCGCGCAGCACUAUUAGCAGCGGUCCAGCACUUCCAACUGCAGCGGUGUCCGAGCCAUGCGGGCUUGCAGCCCUCGCUACGAGCCUUCCCGCUGCCGGUACUGCCGCUGCUGUCCUGGUUCCCACUGGCGGGGAAGACGAGGCGGAAAGGGCCGUGCUGCCCGAGAGUGUGGAGGUGGGGGUGGGGACGCAAGGCGGGGAGGGGAGCUCUGGGCUGGAUGUGGGGAUGGGGAACGCAGGAGGGGGAGGAAGAGGGGGAGCAGUCAGGGAAAGUCCUCUGGGGAAGCGGGAGGGGAGCUGGCAAGGUGAUAGAGAGGAGCGCAGCAUAUCAGAGAAGGGUUUUGACAAAUCUAGCAAUGCGACCAAGGAGGAGAGAGGUGCAGGCCGUUCUGCUGGCGAUCAUCUGAGGCCUGCUGAGAGCGAGUCGAGUCUGACCGCCGUGACGGAGACCAUGGUGGCAGCGCCAACGGCAGAAUCACAAGCAGGAGCAAGAGGUACUGGUGGGUGCAUCCUGGAGGGUAACAGUGGUAGUACGGUCGCGGCGACCCGUGCCAAAUGGGAGGCACUCAGUGCCAGGGCGGCAGAGGGCUCUAAGGAGGGCGGUUCAGAGAAAAGGAUAGAUGACGUGGCACGCAGCCGGCCGUCGAGACGCAGCGGGCGGCACAGCCGGCGGCCCAGCGUGGUUGAGAUAGAGGAGACUAUCGAGCCCUCGCCUGCGUCUCCGGAGCUUUUCUCUCCUGCUUCUCCCGCUGCGGCCGCUGCUGCCGCUGCUGCCACGGCCUCUGGGAAGGCGGGGUCGUGGCUGGGAGGUUCGGGCGGGGGAGCAGGACUACUGUUGAGCUCCCCUCUAUCCACUGCUGGUAGCAGCGCUAGCGUGGACAUGGGUGAGGGUUCUCCUCCUGGUACUAGCGCCUCUGGGCCGUCAGUGGCAUCAUCACCAGGGCUGUGGACCCAGCCCCUUGGCACUCCACUUCAUCAACUCUCUCCAUCGCCGCUCUCUUCAGCCCCCGGCCGUGCUUUCGCAGCAGAUCGAGGCGAUUCCGCUUUCCUCUCCGCUAAUCACUCGCCUGGAGUGGCAGCAGCAGCAGGAUGGGGGAGUAUGCAGUGGGACAUUUCCCCCCAGCAGCAGCCUGGGCAGCAGCCUGGGCAGCACGAGGAGUUAGUGCAGUCUGAGCUUUAUGAGCCUCCUCCCAGCGGUGCUGGGAUGGACAGGAGGAGGGCGACGUCAGGCGACUCUAUGAUGAUGGAGGCAAGGCCUGCGAAAGGGGGCUGGGAGGGGGGCAGUGGCAGCCAGUCGCCCCGGAGGGCGACGACGGCAGAGGAGGCAGGUCUGUGGGGGCAGAAGGCGAUGGGGGAGUGGAGUGGCAGCACUGGCGCAGAUGAGGGGUGGGUGAGCAGCACUGGAGGCUAUGGGUUUGCUGGUAAUAGUGCCAGUGGCGGUGAGAUGGCCGAGAGGAAUUCACAGCAGGGAUUUUUCGGGCGGGUGGUUGGUGCAUUGAGGGAGGAGGCUGCGAGGAAUGUGGACAGGAUAAGCGAAAAAGGGAUAUUGGCGAUUCCGGGUGCUACAGGAGGGUUUUACUACGGGCUGGUUCGACGGUCUCUUGGAGGUUCGUAA